AUGUCGCGUCGUACCGUCAUGAGCUUCCACCACAUCCUCUCGCGCACCAAGAUGGCCACGCUGCACGGCUGGGCGCGCGAGCUCCGCCUCUGCGGCAUCCUCAAGGUGGGCUACCCGGGCGUGCUCGUCUGCGCCGGACCGCCCGUCGUCGAUGGCGCCGCAUCACAGGCGCCCGCCGACGAUGCCGUGGCCGAGUACGUCCGGCGCAUCAAGCGACUCCGCUGGCAGACCUGCACGCUCAAGGCCAUCUCGGAUCUACCUGGGUGCAGCGGCUCGACGAUGGCGAUGAAGAGGGACACCGCAGGGCGCAACGGUGGCGGGCUCGAUCCCCUCGUCGCGUUGGCUAGGGCGCUCGACGCUUUCCAGCGCGGAGCAUCGUCGGCGGAUGCCACCCCGCGCGGACCCGCAGCAAAGGCGGUCAGCCUCCACGGCUUGGUCCAGAUCGAGAGUAUGAAGGAUAUCACUGCCAUCCUGCGCACCGCCGACCAGCUCAUAGCCGACAGUCGCGAUGGGCGAGCUCAGCAGCCAUCGUCGUCGAGCAGCCACGCCAAGGCGCCAUCAGGAGGGGCGCAGGCCACGGGGGUUUGGGAGGGGUUCUACAGCGAAGCGAUGCGUUCACCGUGA